AUGAGCACAACAUCCACCGCCUCGGCUACCAUUUCCCAACACAACGCUGCCCUUGUGCCAGAGGAACGCUCAUUCCAGCUCCGGAAUGGACUUGUCAUUAGAGCAAAGCACUGGCGGUCUGCAGCACCUGAAGCCACCCCAAGGGACUGCCGUCGCUUCAUUGCUUUCCAUGGCUACCUCGACAAUGCCGGCUCAUUCGAUCCUCUUGCUCCAAUCCUGCUGGAACAAUUGGGCCCUGAGCCAGUAGAAAUCCUAGCCCUGGAUUUGGCUGGACACGGCACAUCGGAUCAUAGAACCAGCGAGGACUAUGCACUGUGGAGAUACAUUGAGGAUGCCGACCAGAUUGUCGAGCAGCUCGGUUGGCAGAGACAUGCCAUCAUUGGCCAUUCCAUGGGAGGCGCCAUCUCUACUCUCUAUGCCGGUCUCUUUGUGUCAAGAGUCACGUUGUGUGUGUUGCUGGACAACCUGGGGCCAUUGAGCCGCUCAGUUGAAGAUCAGCCCCAGCACCUGCUGGAACACAUUGCCGACAAGAAGAAUCUCCUCACCAAGCGAUCGGCCUUCCACCCAACCAUCGACUCAGCCUGCCAGGCAAGAAGUCAAGGAGGCGCCUAUGGAAUUGCGCCCGAGUAUGCAGCACUCUUGAUGCCUAGAGGAUUACGCCCUGCCGAGAAGACCCUCGAGGAGAAUGGCAACACGGCAGUGAUUCAGGGCUGGACAUGGUCGACAGACCGCCUACUGACGAUCCGUAGCGCCCAAUCUAUGUCUGAGGAUUAUGCCAAGGCCUUCAUGACCCGCAUCACCUGCCCUGUCUUUGCAAUUAUGGCCGAGGAGGGAUUAUUCCAUCUCCAAGACCUGUUGACCCAUAGAGCCGACUGGAUUCACAAGGGCAAGCUGGAUGUGACUUCUGUCCCCGGAAAACACUCUGUCCACAUGGAGAACGCGCCUCUGGUCGCAAGCAAGAUUAUCCCAUGGAUCUUGGCCCAGGAUGUCGGGGAGGUAGCAAAGCUUUAG